GUUUAAAUGCAAUUAUAACGAAACAAGAACACAAAUACCCCUAUUAACAAGUAGAAAAUAAAGAAAGUUGCCUCUAUCUUACUGCGUUUGUGUGGUUGAAAGAAAAUGCCGCCUGCAGCCUCUUGUGUGGGAGCAACUGAUGAAGCCGAAACAACAUCUGUGAAAAGAAGAGCUUGCACUUCUUCAACGGCCCCCCCUGCAGCUAUAGAACAAGAAGAUCUUCUAGAUCUUUCGAAAAGUAGUGACAGUUAAGGCGUACAAUAGUUCAUCUUAAGAAGCAUCUUUGGCCCCUUUUUUAAGGGGAAAACACGCCAAAGAAGCUUUUCAAGAUGGAUUUAUAAGUAGCCUCUAAGACAGGGACAGCACAUCUUCUACCUUGACAAGACCAGCUCCUCGAGCCGCAGUUUCAUCCUACCUCGACGAUAAAAAGACCGAUACCAAGG